AUGUCUGUCCCAGAUAUUCCAGCUGUUUGCAUCCAAAGUCUCGUUUUCUUUGAUCUGGAGACCACCGGACUGCCCAGCGACCACCCGGCCAGGAUCACUGAAUUGAAUUUUUGUGGUGUCGAUCGAUCCCAGUUUAUCGGAUGCAUGGCCAAAAAAAUGCCCCGCGUCACCAAUCGUUUAAAUUUGUGCAUUGAUCCAUCCCGUCCGAUUGAUCCGGUGGCGACUGACAUGUCGAAACUUGAUAAUGCCAAUCUCGGCCAGCAGAGCAAAUUUGACGAAAAUGUGUACAACAUCAUCGUCAGUUUCCUUGACAGGCUUCAAAAGCCCAUCUGCUUGAUAGCUCAUAACGGUACGAAAUUCGAUUUCCCCAUCUUUAAUGCUGAAAUUGCUCAACUGGGAAAGGGAUUUCCACAAGAUGUUUACUGCGCAGAUUCUCUAGAAAUAUUCGGGCUAUUGCAAGGCAUUUCUACAGGACCCCCCAAAGCCAAGAAGAUGCGUAAAACGAAGGCUACUUCGCUAAAGCUGAACGAUAUUUAUCAAAGGAUCUACAAGAAGAAGCCGGAGACGCUCCAUGAAGCCGAAGCUGACGUCAAGAUGCUAUUCUUGUCGGCCAUUGCCACCCCGCAAGAAUUUUUAAAUUCGGUUGACCGUAAUGCAGUGCCACUGAAGAAAAUUCCAAAAUGCUGGUAA